UUUAACACCAACCUGAGGAGCGUUCAGGCCAAUUAAGACUAUACUUUCAGAGAUUACUGCUGUUGUAUGUUACUAAAGAAAUGUUUCUGAACAUACAGGGCAUUGGAAACCCAGAUGAUGAGCUGUAGUGCUCUCUCCCGAGCCAGAGGCUGGCUUGUGGUAUUGCCUGGCAACAACUACCACUUCUCAAUGACUGGGAGAGAGAACAGGCUGAGUGGUUUCUUUGUUCAUUAGUGCUGGUUAGUAAAAUCACUGUCUCUUUAUCUUUUAUAUUUUUUACCUUUUAACAGGUUUAAAGUUUUUAGAUUUUGUAUUUUGUUUACUUCCUGUUUUUGAAAUAAUAUCCUAUAGGCACCUUUACUGUUAAAAAUAAAUAUUUUAAACAUAUGAUUUAUCACUGUUGACAAUGCACCCCCCACCCCUACAUUUCAUAUCUGUCUGGGUAGAUAUGAUUGAUUCUCUUAACUGUUGUGCUUUUUUUUACACAGGGGUGAGUUUUCCCAUACGGGCUAUAAUUAUCUGAAGAUCUUUUCCCUAGUGACUUGAAAAACUCUCCUUGACAUAUACUUAUCCCCAUCCCCGUAACUAUUUAGGAGUCCCUCGCUGGCACAAACAGUUAAGCAUUCAACUACUAGCUAGAAGGUUCGAACCCACUUAGAGUUACUCAGAAGAAAGGCCUGGUGUUCGGCUUCUAAAAGGUCACAGUCUUGGAAACCCUAUAGAGCAGUUCUACUCUGCCACAUGGGGUCAGUAUGAGCCCCAAUCAACUGGACAGCAACCACCAAUAACUAUUUAGGUCUUACCUAUACUCGUUUCUGUUUUAACUUAAUUUUUCUGUUUUGUCUUUUCCUGUGCCAGUGACAUAUCAGUUUAUUUUCUGUUUUAAAUAGCAUGUGUUAAUAAAACUUGUCCAUGGAUUUUUGUUUUCCUAAAAAUAAUAAUAAACAUAUAAUUUUUUUAAAGUACUUAAUUUACAAUUCCCUUUUCUUAUUCCCCUCCUGGGCAUGAGAUAUUUGUUCAGGGUCAUUAAGUGGUACUCUCAGGUCAGUUGUCUUGUCAUUGGUCAAUGACCACAUUAGCUCUUCCUGAGAUACGCGUCUAUCUGGGUCUUAGGUGUGAGUCUCCCUGCUGACGUCUUCUGACAUAUCUGCAUGCUCAUCUGGUUCUCAGCUUUCAGAGGCAGUAAUCUUUUGUCACAACUUCAAGGGUUCUUGGGUGUACCAGUGCUCUCAGCCAGCCUCAACACCUCUCAACACCUCUCCCACCCAUUCUGUGAACUCGCUUCAACUUUCCCCAAGUCCUUUCUGGGAAAGGAAGCACAUUAUCCCCUGGAUAGUCUUGAAUGUACAAGCUCAUCUGAAAGUUCUACCAUUUCCUUUCCUAGGAUUUGUCCUUAGUAGGCAGGGUACUUUAGGGGCCCAUGCCAAUUUGUUUCUUGACCAAUUCUCCUUGUUCCCUAGCUCAGAGAGAGGUUUGUUUAUUUUCAAUUUUAAUUUCUUUCAAUGUAAAGAUAGGGAAACUAUCAUGGUAAAUAUUCUCCCAACUCUUAUGGUUAAUGUGCGAACUUUUCCCUUUAAAGGAAAGAAAGAAACUGUGUAAGGGCUACUCUUUAGGGAGAGGUAGACUAAAGUAGAAAUCUUCCCAGGGCCAGGGGAAGCCUGAGAACAGGAAAUACUUACGCAACAAAAAGAGAAGGCUAUGAAACUUUUAGACACGAAAGAGGGAAUUUUGCCUACUUCACUAAUUGUCUAAGGCUGGCUCUGACCCUGACUCAGAUUUCAUAUGUAAUCUUUUAAGGAUUUUUAUUUAACUGUGUUGCUUCCUUUCUCCCCGCCCCAGUGCCCAGUGUUCUGUCUCUCUUAUUUAAAUAUCACAUAGCAGGUUUAAAUAUUCGGUCUACCAGGACUCUCACAUCAAAGCUCAAAGGAGUACUCUAGGACAAAUUUAUGCUAGAGGGGACCCAAAUCAUCUUUUCCACCCUAGAGAUUCCUGAAAUUUGGUCCAACCCUAGGCAGACCUCUGUUUGUUUAUUUGUUUCCCAUUGGAAUAACUUAAGACAUAUUAUAAAUGAGAGCAAAAAAACAAAGCAGUGGUGAGAGGGAGCUAACAUUUAUUGAGGACUGUGUACUGGACUCUGGGCUGAGACUUAACAUGCCUUGUUCCAUUUAAUCUUCACGACAACUCUUAAAGUCAUUUUGAAGUUAUGAAACAGGCACUUAGAGGUUGAAUAUCUUGACCAACCCCAUAUAGGACGAGGUGGAAUGAGAUUCAAGCCUAAAUUGGCAAACUUCAUUUCCCUUACACUAUGCUCUCAUGGUCCAGUGAUUAAGAGCUUGGCUGCUAACCAAAACAGGUCAGCAGUUUGAAUCUACCAGCCGUUCCUUGGAAACCCUAUGGGGCAGUCCUAUAGGGUCUAUGAGUUGGAAUCAGCUCAAUGGCAAUGGAUUUGGUUUUUGGCUUUAUGCUGUCAUCCUGCUAGACUAAGUUAAAGCCAUUUUUCCCAGUCUCGCGUGAAAUACCAGGAGGAGGAAGAGGGAGAAAGGAAGCUGGGUUGCUGCUGAUGGGGAGCCAUAAUAGCCACAUAUUUCAUGAAGUUCUUUGCUAAGGAAACAGACCUGCGUAGGCCCACGGUUCAUACUGACCACAGUGUGAGGGAAUGAAAGUGGUAGAUGAAAGAGCAGGUUUGCAAGGUAGCUGCCUAAUUAGAUAAGAUAUAGACUAUUGUAAUGUUACGCAUUUCCUUCUUUAUAUCAUUUUUAAAAAAUUCAAGCAAGGAGGAAAGUGAACUUUGAAAAGCAUGUACAUUUUCAUAGCAAGACCGAGGACUUGUGAGGAGUCUAGGCUGCAUUCAGACAUAAAGAAUCUCUGCUUUACCGACCUUCUGGAAGAUUGUCAGCUUCAGACCUACUUGGGCCUUUCAAACUUCCCACAGGAUUUGGAACUCUUAGCUCGUGCUCACUACUACCUUGUUUGGAAACUAUUAAGGAACUCUUUGAAUUCCUAAAGCCUGAAUGGACUUAAAGAAUGACUGUAAAUUAUUACAGAUAUAAGACCAGUGUUUCUUGCCCCACUGUGUUUGUUAAGGUUUUCUUUUGGUUUGUAAUUAUAACAACACAUUCUGUUGCCCAUUGUUCUUUGUAGCUCAGUCUUACCACCUCAUGAACUGCUUAAUAAUCACUGUUCUAUAAGAAUUGGCGGAAACCCUAGUGGUGUAGUGGUUAUGAGUUCAGCUGCUACAACUGGACUAAACCAAAAGCAAAGAAGUUUCCUGAAUAAACUGAAUGCUGCGAAGGCCAGUGUAGCAGAGGUGGGGUUUGGGGACCAUGGUUUCAGGGGAUAUCUAAGUCAAUUAGCAUAAUAAAAUCUAUUAAGAAAACAUUCUGCAUCCCACCUUGGAGAGAGGCGUCUGGGUCUUAAAUGCUAGCGAACAGCCAUCUAAGAUGCAUCAAUUGGUCUCAGCCCACCUGGAUCAAAGGAGAAAGAAGAACACCAAAGACACAAGGUAAUUAUGAGCCCAAGAGACAGAAAGGGCCACAUACACCAGAGACUACAUCAUCCUGAGACCAGAAGAACUAGAUGGUGCCCAGCUACAACCGAUGACUGCCCUGACAGGGAACAAAACAAAAAAACCCUGAGGGAGCAGGAGAGCAGUGGAAUGCAGACCCCAAAUUCUCAUAAGAAGCCCAGACUUAAUGGUUUGACUGAGAUUAGAAGGACCGCUGUGGUCAUGGCCCCCAGACCUUCUGUUGGCCCAAGACAGGAACCAUUCCCAAAGCCAACUCUUCAGACAGGGAUUGGACUUGCCAAUGGGAUAGGAAAAGAUGCUGGUGAAGAAUGAGCUUCUUGGAUCAAGUAGACACUUGAGACUAUGUUGGCGUCUCCUAUCUGGAGGAAAGAUGAGAGGGCAGAGGGGGUUAGAAGCUGGCAGAAUGGACACGAAAAGAGAGAGUGGAAGGAAGGAGCAAGCUGUCUCAUUAGGGGGAGAGCAAUUAGGAGUAUAUAGCAAAGCGUAUAUAAAUUUUUCUAUGAGAGACUGACUUGAUUUGUAAACUUUCACUUAAAGCACAAUAAAAAUUAAAAAAAAAAAAAAAGCUCAGCUGCUAACCAAAAAGAUGGCAGUUUGCAUCCACCAGGGGCUACUUGGAAACACUAUGGGGCAGUUCUACUCUGUUCUAUAUGGUCACUAUGAGUCGGAAUCGACUCAAUGGCAAUGGAUUUGGUUUUCGUUUUCUGUGAGAAUUAGUGGAAAUGCUUGUGGCAUAGUGGUUAAGAGCUCGGCUGAUAACCAAAAGAUCAGUAGUUCAAAUCCACCAGGUGCUCCUUGGAAACCCUAGGGGGGCAGUUCUGUUGUGUUCUAUAGGGUCCCUAUGAGUCAGAAUUGACUUGACAGCAAGUUUGUUUUUUUUUUUUUUGUAAGAAUUAGUCUCUAAAUGAUUUACACUGUGUUUUCCAGCUCUUUGCCAAAAGGAUCCUAUCUUAAACUGUUGGCAUGACCAAAAUUGAAGUCCAUCAGCCUUUCUGUGCCUUUGAUCCUGCUUCCUGCUACUCGAGGCCAAGAAGAAAGGGCUUUGCUAAGGCCAUGAAGAGAGUCCUAUAUGGUGUAAUGGAAAAGAGUUAGAGAUGUGGAGCCAGGGAACAUGGGUUCAAAGAGAUGCUGCUCUUUAUUUCUGUGUGUUCUUGGGUACUUCAUUUAUACUCUCUGACCAACAGCUUCUUCUUCUAUAAUAUGGAGAUAAUAUUAACUCUUAUGGAACAUGGUUGUUGUAAGGAUUAAGUGAAAUAAUAUGAGGAAGAGCUUUAUUUAAAUUAUAAGUGACCCUACAAACGUUAAGUAGCUCUGGUGGCACGAUGGUUAAGCAUGCAACUGCUAACUGCAAGUUUGGUGGUUUGAGCCCUCCAGUAGCUGGCUCCUCAGGAGAGAAAGACCUGGCUAUCUGCUCCCAUAAAUACUACAGCUGAGGAAACCCUAUAGGGCAGUUCUACUCUGUCAUAUAGUGUUGCUAUGAGUUGGAAUCAACUCAACAGCACAUAACAACAACAUACAAAUGUUAUUAUUAGGGUGCACAGGUAAGUGAUCACUGGGCAGGAGUGCAGAGUGGCAGCAUGCUGCCAAGGGCAAUCAGGAGGGUAUGGUGAAGACAAAAUCACAUCUGUUAUAUGACAGUUCUGCCACAAGGAUGAUGCUUCCCAUCGUGACUCUAUAUGUUGUUUUGUUGCUAACUGUCAAAAAGUUGUCCACCACUCAUGGCGACACCGUGCACAGCAGGAUUGGGUAGUUGUGGUCCAUAGGCUUUUCACUGACUGAUUCUCAGAAGUAUAUCACCAGGCCUUUCAUCCUAGCCUGUCUUAGUCUGGAAGCUCUGCUGAAACCUAUUCAGCAUCAUGGCAAUACACAAGCCUCCAAUGACAGACGGGUGGUGAUUGCUCAUGAGGUGCAACCUGGGUCUGUCACAUGGAAAGUGAGAAUGCUACCACUGAACUACCACUCCGCCCAUCCAUAUGUUGUACCUACUCAGAAGUGAGUAACAUAGAGCUCACUUUGGCUAUGUAAGUUUCUGAGAAGAAGAAAAACGUAAGAAGUUUUGAAGAGGGAUAACACUUCUUGGAUCUGUGUUUGGAGUGGGAAGGGAGUGGGCAGAAGGAGGCAAGAGGGUAGUGAAAUGAGGAAGGAAUAGGCCUAGAGCACUCUCAGCAUUCUUCCAUCUCCCAGGGAAGCUUAUCCCAUAAGAUACCCUUAGGUUCUCUGUGACCCUGGGCAGGUACAAGGUUCAUCACUGGUUAUACAUGAGCUCAAUUUAAGCUUUAGCUUUCUAAUACAUAUGAACAUUUUCUUAAAGGGUAGAUAUACAUUUGAAGCUUCCUUUUAGAGUUUUCUGCUUUGUGUAUGUGAGUUUUUAAUUAAAGGUAGUCCAAACCAAAUUGUUACUUUAAAACCUCAAUUAUGGGCAGAUUUUGUCUGUACAUACUUACUGCAGAGGUUUUCGUUUUUUUCUGUCUGAAUGGGGUUUUUGCAGAAUUGUUUUUUGAGAGGCUGUUUUGUUUUUUUAGGAACAGAAAGUAGUUGUGGUUUGAUUUUUUGACAAAGCUAUUUUCCCCCUCUUUUUAAAAACAACCUGAAAUCUGUAUCAAUGUCUUUAAAAAAAUGUUUCCAGUCUAAUCUUGUCUUAGCAUAAUAAUGAGUAUUGUGUAACUGUACAUUGAGUAAAAAAUCUAGCGUGAAUAUGUGCAAUAACUGUUUCUGUUGCAUUUAGGACUGUCAAAUUGGUAAUCUCUGAUGUUGUUGUUGUUGUCAUCCAGUAAAUGGAUCUGAAGUGAAGGUCUGCUGCAUGUCAGACUAGCUGCUCAGCGUUCUGAGCCUGUCAUAGUGUGGACGAGAGUCCUCUCAGGAAUAACCUUAAAUGUCUACUUUUAAUAUUAUCUCCUAAAGAGUAUACACGUAAUCACAGAAACCAACUGACAGGAUUGAGAGGCACUUGUACAACUUUAAAUGUACCACAAUUUUUGCAACCCUGUUUUGACAUUUCUAUGGUUUUUAGUAUAUUAUGUAACUGAAAACAAACAGCAACAACAACAAAAAAAUGGAAGUGUUCCAGACUUCUCCCUUCCUCCCAGAGGUCUGGCUCUGAAGUUGCUAUACAAACAGCCAUGAAGUUAAUCUUCUAUGACAGUGAGCUCCUAGGGAGCAGAGUACACAAUCAUGUUUCUGGGGCAGUUAGAGGAGCGCCUUUACAAAAGGAAAAGCUCAGGUCCCGUGUGGAGCCUGGAGAGCAACGUUAUGUUUGAUUUUACAUUACACCCUGCUAUUCUAAAAGGAGUAAGCCUUGCACUCGUUCAGUGAUGAGUAAUAUCGAAAGACAACGUGGUUUCCUGCUACAUCCUUCUUAAAGCAAGCAUUGCCGUAUUACUUUGAAGAGGUCACACCGUCUGUGUACCUUGCCCCAUUCACUAGUGCUAACAGGUUCUCUGGAGCGUGUAUUUGUUUUUUGCACACACUUCUUGUAACUGUCAACAAAAGUUUCCUUAACAGUUCAAAUCAAAAGAAAGUGGGGAUCACCUAUGUUUAGCUUUAGAGAAGAGGAAGUAGUGGUGUGUCUUACAAAACAAGACAUGCUCUGCAAUGUUUAUUGCUAAAUUAUCCUCUGUGAAGCUUCCUAUUUUGGCUUUACUUUCUAAUCCCUAGAUGAAAUGUGGUAAUAGAGAAGUUAAGUAUUUUUUCUGUGAUAAGCUUUUAUAUAAUGCUUCCUUUUUCCUUCAUUGGGCUUUUGUUUCUCUGUAUCAAAGCUCAGUUCAUGUGCUCUUCCUUCCAGGAAGGAAAUAAGACCUCUAGAAAGCCUGGUGAGACCAUUUCUCCGUUCUUCAGACUCCUACAGCAUAGCAUGAAUUGUGAGAAAUGGGAGACAGUAGUACAGACACAGAACAAGAAGAGGAAGAGAAGAAAGAUGUAAAGGAUCAAGAAGACCCUAUUUAUGCCGUAGCACCCACAACUAACUUUCGAGAUGAGCGGUCUGUUGAUUUAUCUACGACUCCAGCUUUCCUUUUUCUGCAUGAGUUACAUGCUAUGGGAAAACUUCCUGCAACCAGAAUGGCAGAGUUAAAGGCCAAGUAUACCUUGCUACAUGAUACCGUGAUAAGCACACAAGAGUCAGAGGUCCAGCUGCUACAGGAUGCCAAACGUUUCACUGAGCAAAUAGAACAGCAGCAGUUUCUCCUGCAGCAAGCUGAAAAUUUUCCAGAGGCAUUCAACACAGAGGUCUCCAAAAUGAGAGAACAACUUCUCAAGUAUCAAAAUGAAUAUAAUGCUGUGAAGGAAAGAGAGUAUCAUAACCAGUACAGGUUAAACAGCUUAGUGGAAGAAAAAAGCCUCAUAGUAAAGGAAUUUGAGAAGAUACCUAAGCCAGGAGAGAUGGAGAAGAAGAUGAAAAUAUUGAAAGAAAGCACUGAAGAAUUACGUAAAGAAACAAUGCAGAAGAAAUUAGAAAUUAAAAACUUACGAGAAGAUUCGACAUCUAAGCAAAAACAAUCACUGAAGGAGCAGAAAGAGCUGGAAGAAUUGUUGGAAUAUCAGAUCAGCCUAAAGGAUGACGUGGUCCACCAUCAAGCCAUUCCUGUACAAAUUGGAAAAGAGAUAGAAAAAAUUACACGCAAAAAAGUAGAAAUGGAAAAGAAAAAAGUUGUCUUAGAACAUGAACUCAAGGAGCUAAAUGACUCCCUAAAGAAAGUUGAAACCAAAAUUAAUGCUGUAAUGGAAGAGAAAGCGGAUGUAAUAAAAGAAGCUGAAGGGAAACGAGCCUUACUUGAAAUCAAGGAACGAGAAAACAGCCAAUUGAUCAAGCUAUUGGAACUAACCAAAGAGAACGAAGCAACUUCACUAACUGAAAGAGGGAUCUUGGAUCUCAAUUUACGAAACCGUCUCAUUGACAAACAGAACUACCAUGAUGAACUUUCUCGUAAGCAAAGAGAGAAAGAACGAGAUUUUCGAAAUUUAAAAAAGAUGGAGCUGCUCCUGAAAGUGUCUUUGGAUGCACUGACUCAAACUCAAGCAAUGCAUCAAAGGCUUCUAUUAGAGAUGGAAGCUUUCCCUAAAGAUGAUACUACAUUAUCUGACAGAAGGAGAGAGCUCCACAAGGAAGUGGAAGUAGCUAAGAGAAAUUUCACCCAACAGAAAGUCUUAACAGAAACUGAGUCUAAGUUAGUAGAACAGCAACUUGCAGAAGAAAACAAGCUUUUAAGGGAGCAAGAAAACAUGCGAGAACUGCUAUUCAACCUUGUCCGAAUGACUCAAAUCAAAGUUGAUGAAAAAGAGCAAAAGUCCAAGGAUCUCCUAAAAGUUCAGCAAAAAUAUGCCAAUGCUCUUAAGGAAAUUAAAGCAAAGGAUCUUGAAAUCAGGAUAUACAGGAAGAAAAAAUGUGAAAUUUACCACAGACUCACACAGUUUGCUAAACUGUAUGAUGCUGUUCGAAAUGAAAGAAACAAAUUUGUUAACUUACUUCACAAAGCUCACCAGAAAAUAAAUGAAAUUAAAGAGAGGCAUAAAAUGUCAUUAAAUGAACUGGAAAUUUUAAGGAAUAGUGCAGUUACUCAAGAAAGAAAGCUGCAAAAUUGCAUGCUGAAGCAUGCCAACAAUGUUACUAUCCGGGAAAGCAUGCAAAAUGACGUGUGUAAAAUUGUCGCAAAACUUCAGGAAAUGAAAGAGAAGAAGGAAGCUCAGUUAAAUAACAUUGACAGGCUUGGCAAUAUGAUCACCAUGAUUGAAGAGGAGAUGGUACAGCUUCGCAAAAAAUACGAAAAAGCUGUGCAGCAUCGAAAUGAAUGUGGUGUUCAGCUGAUAGAGCGGGAAGAAGAAGUGUGCAUUUUUUAUGAGAAAAUAAAUAUCCAAGAGAAGAUGAAACUAAAUGGAGAGAUUGAAAUACAUGUCCUAGAAGAAAAGAUCCGAUUCCUGAAACUGAAGAUUGCUGAGAAGCAAAGACAGAUUCUCGUGACAGAGAAAUUACUCCCAGCCAAGAGGUCCCUGGAUGCUGACCUAGCAGUGCUCCAGAUUCAGUUUUCACAGUGUACAGACAGAAUAAAAGACUUGGAAAAACAGUUUGUAAAUCCUGAGGGUAAGAACAGAACUCGCUUCCUUCCAGGGAAAGAUCUGACUGAAGAACAAAUGAUCAAAAAAUUAGAUGAGCUGGAACUACAGCUGGCCCAGAAGGAGGAGAAGUUACUGGAGAAGGACUUCAUCUAUGAACAGGUCUCCCGGCUCACAGACAGACUCUGCAGCAAAACUGAGACCUGCAAGCAGGACACGCUACUUUUAGCCAAGAAGAUGAAUGGCUACCAGAAGAAGAUCAAAGAUGCUACUGAAAAACUGAUGGCUGUUGUUGCUGAACUAUCCAUGAAACAAGCUCUGGCCAUCGAACUCCAAAAGGAAGUCAGAGAGAAAGAAGACUUCAUCUACUCUUGCAAUUCCAGGAUAGAGAAGGGCCUGCCACUCAAUAAAGAGAUUGAGAGAGAAUGGUUGAAGGUACUACGAGAUGAAGAAAUGUAUUCAUUGGCCAUCGCUGAGAAGUCUCGGGAGUUCUCAGAAGCAGACAGUCACCAGCUGCCCAGUGGUGUUUACACGACCGCGGAGCAGCGUCCCAAUGCCUACAUCCCAGAGGCAGACGCCACUCUGCCUUUGCCAAAACCAUAUGGCGCCUUGGCUCCUUUUAAACCCAGUGAACCUGGGGCCAACAUGAGGCACAUAAGAAAACCUGUUAUAAAGCCAAUUGAAAUCUGAAUAUAUGCACCAAUCCAGGUUUCCCAAGGACAGCGCCUCAACCAGGCUUCCUCACACCCGCAAUUGGAAAAUGUGAGCAUGAUAGUCCUAAAUUAUAGAUAAAUAAGAAACUCACAAUUCAUCAACAAUAGAGCACAACAUUGCUUCCUUUAUACCCACCAACUACUGUAUUUUAUAUAAUGUUGAGUAGGGCAUAGAAGUGUCAUACAAUUACAUCAACGCAUGUAUUUGUAUUGCUCCUGUUGUUUUUUACUCUACGUUAAUUACCUUUCAGAACUAUAUAGUAGAUAAGGUGCUAUAAAAACACAAUGAAAAUAAAUAAAUUUUCAAUGAGGUACAGAAACUAGCAAAGUGGUCUUUAUUUACUAAAAAAAAAAGAAAAAAACUGUUCAACAUAUUCACUUUAAAGAAGAGUGACUGUUUGAAAAGAAAAAUAUCCCAAGUGCCGCAGAGGCAUAGCCCAGUUUGUUGAAUAAGAAAUUGCACUUGGAGUUAAUGCUGGUAAAUCCAAAUCAUGUAGAAAACAGUAGUGAAGCUCGUCGUUUUUACAGUAAUGUUGUGAUUGUUUUUAGACAGAAUCCUUUUGCUACAAAAACAAUUAUGCCCUAAUUUAUCUCCAUUAUAAAUUCAUAUUUUUCAAAUAAACUCAUGAAAAUUCUGAUACUAGAUUUUUCAGAAUCUCAGUGGACAUAUUUAUAACUUUGCAUGUGUAAGAGUUGAAAAUGAGGCCAGUUCCACUUAUUUCAUUGCUCUAUUUUUGUUGUAUUUCAUGGGAAUAUAUUUUCCUAAUUCUGUUUUCAUAUUUUUGUGUAUGCAAACACACAAGUGGAUCUGAAACGUGUGAUUUUAUAUUCACUAAUUUUUUUUUUUUUUAAUAUUCUGACGCUAUCUUUAUUUCAUACUGGUAGUAGUGAUUAAUUUUAUUUCACAACUCUGGGAGUGAAAAAAUAUCACAUUCCUUUAUUUUGCUAAAUCAAACAAGAUCUAUUCCAAGCUCUCAUCCUUCCAGAUAGGAGAGAAAUUUAAUCUCCUUCUCAGAUAUGAGUCCUGAAUCUAACCUGAUUGCUUCAUGAGGUCAUUAUAAAGGAAUUAUUUGAGAGUACUGUACAGCAGUGGGUUUUUUUGGGUGGUGCAAAUGGUUAACCCACUUGGAAAGGUUAACCACUCGGAAAGGUUGGAGGGUCAAUUCCUCCUAAAGACGCAUCAAAAGAAAGGUCUAGUGACCUCCUUCCAAAAAAU